AUGGCAGACAAAACCUUGAAACCAAUAUACUAUCAACUUGAUCAUUAUUUGAGUGAGGAAGAUGCAAUCGAAUUUUUCGGGGCAUUGAUCAAAGUGGUGAUCGACACUUGUAAAGUUCCUCAAGACCUCAUGAAAUGUUCAAGUAAGCAUGAGAGCCCGCUAUUCUCAAGUGGUUAUGGCAAGGGUACUCCAUCUUCACCUCUACAUAAGGCAGGUGUCGUGAUUCUAAAUGAUGAUGUCAUGCGGUCAUUCCAGUCGUUCAAAGAUAUUCUCUUUUGUGAUUCGUACCUACUUCCAAUGCUUUGCCCACCUGUUCCUUGGACUUCUCCACACCGUGGUGGCUUUUUGGACGCUGAAGCACCCUUGGUUCGAUCCUCAGAUCUUCACACGACAUUGGCGUAUGUUGAAAGAGCACAUGAGACAGGUCAAUUAUCAUCGCUUUAUAAUCUGCUUUCAGCACUUGGCUCUCUUGCAUGGACCAUAAAUUGUGAGAUGCUUGAAGUGUUCAAUGAAGUUCUCAAGGCAGACCACGGGUUUUUAAAGUUACCACCACCUAUCCAUUUGCUCAGGGUAGAGUCUAUUGCACGUCCCGCGAGGGAUUCAUAUACAUUGGAAGAGGACUAUACGAGCGCAAUGAGAUCUUACAGAAAAGAAACAGAAAGGCGAACUCAAGAAUACAACGACAGACGUGGUCUUCGAAUAACUUAUGAGCUUAUGAAUAAGGUUGCGAAUGCUUUUGGUGUGAACGGUGAUAUAAUGUAUCUUCCACACAAUGUCGACUUUCGUGGAAGAGCAUAUCCGGCUGUGUCUUUUUUGUCACAUCACAAUGAGGAUCUCAUUCGGUCAUUGCUAAUGUUCUGGGAAGCAAAGCCUCUAGGAUCUAACGGAUAUGAUUGGAUCAAGUACCAGUUGGCAAAUUUAUACUGCAAAUCCAAACUUUCAAUGCAGCAGUCCAUUAACUUCGUAAAGGAGCACAAAACCGAGAUUCUCGAAGCAGCGUCCGAGCCGCUAAAGUCCUCUUCGUGGUGGGUGCAAGGUGAUAAUCCCUGGCAAUGUUUAGCAUUGUGCAAAGAAAUAAAAAAGAUCGAAGACUCUAACGAACCACCUGAGCUAUUCAAAUCGAGAAUACCAAUACAUCAAGAUGGAACUUGCAAUGGUCUCCAGCAUUACGCUGCUUUGGGCGCUGACGACGAUGCUGCUAGGUCAGUGAAUUUAUUACCAACACAAGAACGAAAUGACGUUUACUCAUCAGUUUUGAGAAUUGUGGAGGGCAAGGUUGCGAAUGAUACCCUGAGUGGUGAUAAAAAACUUCAAGCCUUGGCCACAAAAAGUCAAGCUCUACUUUCUCGAAAGCUUAUCAAGCAAACUGUUAUGACAACUGUCUAUGGAGUCACAUUUUUUGGUGCUUCCCGCCAGAUAGAGGCUAGAGUGGACGAAGUCACCAGAGAAUCCAGUCCAAAGGAGUUUAAAGAGUUGUCAAGGAUGCAGAUAGCGUCAUACAUCGCUUCAGUUGUUUUAAAAUCAAUAACUGAACUCUUUGCAGGUGCCAAAACAAUCCAAGAUUGGUUGAUUCGCAACUGUAUAAGAUGCAUAAAUUCCUUCGAAGCAAAGGAUUUGGCAUCGUUCGAGGACUUUGACUUUUUUAGCAGUAAACGUUACCGUCCAAUGAUGUGGAGUUCGCUCUCAGGAUUUCCGGUUGUACAGCCCUACAAGCAUGACCCAAGAAAGGAAAUAGUGACACCGCUUCAAAAGAUAACUUUUAGACAAAAGACCAAGCUAGGGCAUAUCAAUAUUCGAAAGCAGAUUAAUGCACUAGCGCCAAACUUCAUCCACUCAUUGGAUGCAAUUCAUCUUCAGAUGACAUGUUUGGCAGCAAAGGGAGCUGAUAUAAGCUUUGCUGCUGUGCACGAUUCAUUUUGGACACAUGCCUCUGACGUCGAAACAUUGAGUAGAGUUAUAAGGGAGGAAUUUGUGCGCCUUCAUCAAUCACUGAUCAUAGAAAAUCUAAGAGAGGAUAUGAAAUAUUCAAAUCGAAAUGCUUUUCAACUCGUGUGGGUUGAAAAUCAUUGUAACAAGGAUUUCAUCCAAGAGCUAAAUGCUUUAAGGGUACAACACAAUCUCAAAAAAUGCCGUAAGAAAGAGUUCUGGAAUAGCUGUCUAAAAUAUGAGUUAUCGAACCCGAAUGAUGUUAAUGCAUUGGUGAAACACCACAAACCUCAACUCUGGUUUCAAACAAAGACGAGCAGUAAAAUUGCUGAGCAAUACGAUGAGGAUACGAAACGUACUAGGGAAGUGUCUGUGAAAACACACACACCUAUCCUUGUUCCGGUGGAGGUGCUUCCGGAACCGCCAUUGGGACACUUCGACGUGACUUUGGUAUUGAAGAGCCGAUACUUUUUUUCGUGA